AUGGCGUACACGACGCUAUGGCGAAGGCUGUCCUCUCACCAGCUCAACGUCGCCAUUCAGACCUUCUCGCUGAUCUGCAUCUUCUUUGAGGGCUAUGACCAAGGUGUCAUGGGUGGCGUUAAUGCCUCGCCUACAUACGUCGCCCUGGUCGGCCUAGGCACACACAAUGGGACGGUGACGAACGCAACGCGUGAGGGGGGCAUUGUCAGUGUGUACUAUUUGGGAGCCAUUGUCGGCUGCUUUGUUGGUGGAUGGCUUGCCGAUCGAGUUGGCCGUAUCAAUGGCCUACUCGCUGGGUCUUUGUUUGCACUGGUGGGAGGAGCCCUGCAAUCAGCCGCGCAGAAUGCCAAGUUUAUGAUCUGCGCUAGAAUAGUGACGGGCAUCGGCACCGGUGCUUUGACCGGUAUCACCCCUGUUUUGGUUUCUGAGACCUCCGCUGCCAACCAUCGGGGCGGCUUUCUCGGUUAUGUGUUUAUUGCAAAUUAUCUAGGCAUUGCUCUUGCAUAUUGGCUUGCAUUUGGUCUCUCAUUCGUCCACGAUGGGUACUCGGGUGUACGGUGGCGGUUCCCGCUGUCUUUCCAGUGUUUCCCAGCGCUAUUUUUGGUCUUUUUUAUCAAGAUGCUGCCAGACAGCCCUCGGUAUCUAGCUUCGGUGGGUCGAAAGGAAGAAGCACGCGAUCUCCUGAUCCGGUUACGUAAAGAUCGAUCGAGUCCGGAGGAGAUCGAUCGGGAGUAUUUAGAGAUCUCGGCCUCUGCACAGGCCAAGAAACCUAGUACGCCACUCGAAUUUGUAAAGAUUCUAUUGGGCAGAAGCGGACGACCUGGCACGAACCUGGGCCGUCGAGCAUGGUUGUGCAUGUGGCUCCAAAUCAUGGCUUCAUGGACGGGUAUCACGGCUGUCACUGCUUACGCUCCGGUUCUUCUUGAGGAAGCCGGCUACAGUGAGGUAAAACAAAAUGCCUUAGCAGGAGCUAUAAACACCAUUGGAAUCCUUGGUACGAUCAUCAGCGCUCAGAUUAUAGAUCGUCUCGGCCGUCGAGCUUGCUUAAUGGGUGGAGCCGCUGUUUUGUUCGCGGUAAACCUGAUUGCUGGUGCAUUGUAUGAAGUCUCGCUUUACCAUGAGCUCGACAAGGCCGCUCAAUAUGCACCUGGCGCGAUUACGAUGCUAUUCCUCUUCAAUCUCGCUUAUGCAGCCACUUGGGGCACCGCCGCCUUUUUGGUGCCCACGGAGAUUUUUCCGAGUGACUUGAGAGCCCAGGGCAAUGGAUUCGGUAUCACUGGCUGGGCCAUUGGUGUAGGAAUGACUACUCUUGUCAACCCCAUCAUGUUUGGUGGCAUCAGGAGUCGCACCUAUUUCCUCUUUGCUGGGUUGAAUUUGCUCUGGAUUCCUAUUAUCUUUUUCUUCUACCCUGAAACCCAAAAUCGUUCCCUCGAAUCCAUCGACGCCCUAUUCUCUACUCCCAGCCCCUUCAACUGGCGAAUGGAGCAAGCUUAUAAACUCCAUGGGGACGUUUUAGCAACCCAUGGAUUCAUCGAAUGCAAAUAUCCGCAGGCCGAUAACUCCGAACACUCCCCAGGUACCGAAAUAGGGCCGGACAAGAUGGUCACUGUCGCUGUCGCUGUCUGA